AAUCCACAAUCACUCCCAUUCCUUUUGGUUUCUUUUGGGCUCUUGGAAUGCUUCAAAGAUUCAAUUAAAAGUUAACCCAAUUACAUUUUCUUAUUUUAAUUUCUCCAAAUUCACAGGUAGAUUGAUUCUGAAAUGGCAGAUCUCAGCUUCCAUUAACCUUCUUUUUCUCUCUCUUACGUCAUUAAUCACCACCUUCAUAUUGGGUUCCUUUUGCUACUAUAUAAAUCAACUCUCAUCCUCUCCUUUUUUUCUCUCCCCUUUUAAAAUUGCUUGUCUCCUCACAAUUCUACAUGUCUCUCCUUCUACCUCCAUUCCGAUUUUGUUUGUUAUCGAGGGUGUAUCUUACUCGAUAAUCUAGAGCCUAUUAGAUUCCAACUAAUCCAAAUUCAAGUAGAGUUUUAAUAUACCCUCGUUGAGGUGAAUGCACUCUAUAUAAAUCAUUUUUGUUGUGAUUUUUUUUUUUCAACGCCCAAGUACAAAGCACUUAGUGCGCUAGGUACAACUACUGCUUCUUCCUCUCCUCGUUGUAGGUCCAUCACCUUUUAUAAUUUUCCUGCUCUUUUCUAUUGAUUAUUGAUAUGGUUUUGGGCAUUUUCCCCUUUUUUCAUUAUUAGCCUUUUUUUUCUCUCUCCUUCUCCCAAUUGGUUUUCUUUCAUUGAAAUUUAUCCAAUUGGGUUGUUUUUUAUUUCCCUUUUCCCUCAUUUUUUAAAGCAUUUUAGUUUGGGUUUUCAAUUAUUUUAGAAAUGGAUUGAGAAAAAAAAAAAAAAAGCAAAACCCAUCAGAUUUGCAAAAAAAAAAAAAAAAAAAAAAAAAAAAAAAAAAUCAAUUUUGUGAUAAAUUUCCAAUUAUUUUCAAAAAAAAUUUGUGGGUUUUCAAUAAUUUCAUAGAUGGGUGUAAAAAAGAGCAAAGACCCAUCAAAUUUACCCCCAAAAAUCUCAUCUUUCCCUGAUGAAGUGCUGGAAAAAGUUCUGGGUAUGUUAGAAUCUCACAAAGACAGAAGUUCAGUUUCAUUAGUUUGCAAAGAUUGGUAUAAUGCUGAGAGGUGGAGCAGAACCCAUGUUUUUAUUGGGAAUUGUUAUUCUGUAACACCUGAAAUUGUUGCUAGAAGAUUCCCAAAAAUUAAGAGUGUAAUCUUGAAAGGAAAGCCCAGAUUUUCAGAUUUUAAUUUGGUGCCUGAAAAUUGGGGAGCUGAUAUUCAUCCAUGGCUUCUUUGCUUGGCAAAAGCUUACCCUUUUUUGGAGGAAUUAAGGUUGAAGAGGAUGUGUCUUACUGAUGAAAGUUUGGAGUUUUUGGCUUUGUCUUUCCCUAAUUUUAAGAGGAUUUCUGUUCUUAGUUGUGAUGGGUUCAGUACUGAUGGCCUUGCUGCUCUUGCCACUCACUGCAAGAACUUAGUUGAGCUCGACAUUCAGGAAAACGGAAUUGAUGACCGCAGUGGAUGUUGGUUGAGUUGCUUUCCUGAAAACUUUACUUCAUUGGAAAUUCUAAAUUUCUCCAAUCUUCAUUCAGAAAUCUGCUUUCCGUCCCUUGAGAGACUAGUAGCUAGGUGUAAAUCUUUAAAGGUCUUAAAGGUGAACCGAUCUGUGAACCUGGAGCAGCUACUGAGGUUGCUUACUCAUGCUCCUCGGUUGACACAGCUAGGAACAGGUGCCUUCUCACAGGAGCUCCAGCCAGCUCAGUAUUCUAGUCUUGAGAGCGUGUUUAACAACUAUCACAGUCUUCAAACUAUCUCUGGUUUAUAUGAAGCUAAUCCACUCUAUCUGCCUAUUCUCUAUCCUGCUUGCUCAGGAGUAACAUUUUUGAAUUUGAGCGAUGUACCUUUACAAUGUGAUGAUCUUGCUCAGCUUCUUGGUAACUGUCCAAAUCUCCGACGGCUUUGGGUGCUGGACACUGUUGGUGAUAAAGGUCUGGAAGCUGUUGGGUCUAGCUGCCCUUUGCUUGAGGAACUCAGGGUAUUCCCUGCAAACCCAUUUGAUGCUGAAGUAGUCCACGGGGUAACCGAAUCUGGUUUUGUUGCGGUGUCUUAUGGAUGCCCAAAGCUCCACUAUGUUCUCUACUUUUGUCGGCAGAUGACAAAUGCUGCUGUAGCAACGAUUGUGAAAAACUGCCCCGACUUUACACAUUUCCGCCUCUGCAUAAUGAAUCCAGGUGAACCUGACCACUUGACUGAUGAAUCUAUGGAUGAGGCUUUUGGUUCGGUGGUAAAAUCAUGUAAGAAGCUCAGAAGACUUGCACUCUCCGGAUUAUUGACUGAUUUAACAUUCGAAUAUAUUGGCAAAUAUGCCAAGAACUUGGAGACACUUUCUGUGGCUUUUGCUGGAAGUAGUGACUUGGCAAUGCAAUGUGUUCUAGCUGGCUGUCCUAAGCUGAGACGGCUUGAAAUAAGGGAUUGUCCCUUUGGAAAUAAUGCUCUUCUUUCAGGGUUGGAGAAGUAUGAAUCCAUGAGAUCUCUUUGGAUGUCAGCUUGCAAUGUCACAAUGAAUGGCUGUAGGCUGUUGGCGAAGGAAAUGCCUAGGUUGAAUGUUGAGGUCAUAAUGGAUGACGAUGUCAACAAUGACUUUCAAGCUAGUAAAGUUUAUGUUUAUCGUACUGUUGCAGGACCCAGAAAAGAUGCCCCUCCUUUUGUUCUCACUUUUUGAAUCUAUGCUUUGGGUGAAGUAUUAGAAUGGUGGCGGAGAGAAAGUUAGAUAACUAAAACAUGAUGACAGCUGCAACCUUUGUUGCUUUGCCUCGUGGACAAGGAUCACAGAUGGUCACAUCUAAGGGUUGGUCCAGACAUUAUGAAGGGUCUAAAUCUGUUUCUGGUCUGAUCUGAAGUAAUUAUCAAGCUCGGCAUGUGGUGUCAGUGUCCUGUAUUUGUAACAAAAAAAACUACCCCAGUAACAUCGGCUGUCAAUUGCUGGAAAUAAUUGGAAUAACUGAAGAAACACAUCUUUGUGAAGCGACAAAGCUUGUAUAUGGAAGGAGCUCACUACAACUCUGUAAGAGAUCAAAGGAUGGCGUCAAGUCAUCAACACCAGGGAAACAGGAGAUUAAGAUGGAUCAUAUUCGACAUAUGCUUUGUAUAAUUCUAAUCCUGUAGGGUUACUUCUACCUGUUUCAAUCAUUGUAUUCCACUCGUGCAUGGCACGAUGUACAUUCAUAGCUUCUAAGAGCUUACUAGCAACAGGAUCUGUCGGAUGUUGUAAUUGUUGUAUUCCUGUACUUGGAAUUUGGGAAAAAAUUUAUUUGAAUGUCCCUGAGUUUACUUAAAUAACAUGCAGUAAGUUUUAGUA